AUGACAAAGGGCUUGGAAAUUUCUGCCCUGUCCAAGAUGAUUGAGUUGGAAACGAAUGGCUUUAAUGGUCUUUCUACUGCCAAACAGCUUGAGGACAAAGAGAAAGAAAACACUAAGUUGAAGAACACCAUGAAGCUGUUAGAGAAAUCUAACAUAGUCAAUGAAAAGAAAGCCACCGAUCUGGCUUUAGAACUUGAAAAUCUUAAGAAGAAACUUGAAGAGAAUGACUCUCAUCUUAAAGCGAAAAAUGAAGAAGCCGCCAAGCUAAAAGAUGAGGCUCAACAUUUUUCCUCUGAAAUUGAAAAUUUGAAGAAUACCAACGACAACCUCACUUUCGAACCUUCAUCUCUGAAGUCGUCCAUUUUGGAACAACUUGAAGCCGGCUUUGAACGCAAAAAGCCAAAUCAUUUUCCUCAACCCUGA